AUGACCGAAGCCGAUAAAACGGAGACAAGGAUAACUCCAGAAGACUCCCGAGCACGGCUGGCAGAUCUGACUAAACGAGCUGCUGCGAAAGAUGCUAUCAAAGAUUUUGAAGCAGCGGCAGAGCUGUAUUCGCAAGCCACAGAACUUCAGGCUGAGUUAAACGGGGAACUCUCAGUUGACAAUGCCGAUCUACUUUUUGCUUACGGCAAAUCUCUGUAUAAUGUCGCUGUGAGCAAAAGUGACGUUCUUGGUUCGAAGGUAGCCGGAGAACCACAGACUCUUUCGAAUAGUACAGCUGGAGGAAACAUAGCGUCUGCUGGGUCCUCCACUUUAGGCGAUGAUCUUAUAAAAACUGCAGUUGCCAACGGAUCGUCCGAAACUAGUGUCAGUGAGGGCAAGAAACUCCAUGACGCAGCGAAAAACCAGCCAUAUUUUCAGUUUGCUGGUGACGAGAACUUCGACGAUUCUGAUUCCGAGGACGAGGGUGCGGAGCAGGUCGAUGGAGAUGAAGAUGAAGAUGACUUUGCCAAUGCUUUCGAAGUGCUUGAUAUGGCACGUAUCCUUUACACGAAAAAGCUAGGCGCCGCAGAGGAAAGCCAGGAUAAGGGGAAAGCCACAGACUUACCCUCCGACAUUCAGCAUAUGAAGGAGCGCCUCGCAGAUACCUACGACUUACAGGCGGAGAUUUCUCUAGAAGCAGAGAGAUUUACCGAUGCAGUAACUGAUCUUAAAGUCGCUCUUGAAAUGAAGCAGUCACUAUAUCCCAUUGAAGACCCAUCUGUUGCGGAAUGUCAUUACAAGCUCUCCCUUGCUCUGGAAUUUGCUUCCGUCAACAAACAGAAAGACAAUGAUGAUCAUGAACAGGCGGACGGCGCGGAUGAAGGUAUGAGGAAAGAGGCUGUACAUCACAUGGAAACCGCCAUUGAAAGCUGCAAAAUAAGGAUGACGCAAGAGCAAAAGAAGUUAGACUCCGACGAUAUCACCGAUGAAGACAAAAUUUUCGCUGCAAAGAGGAAGAUAGCCAAUGUGAAAGAUAUAAUUGCAGAUAUGGAACAAAGGCUUAUCGAUCUUCGCGGCCCGCCGGCAUCAAUAAAACAGCAAGAUCAAGAGAAUGGGUUCUUAAAAGGCAUUAUCGGCCAAAUCUCAGGACAGUCCCCAGCCGAACAGAAGGCCCGACUAGAUGCGGCGACCAAAGAUGCAACCGAUCUGUCUGCACUCGUUCGACGAAAACCCGCUGUCAAGCAGUCUUCUCUGCAACAACCUGCAACUAAACGGUCGGCGGAAGUGGCUCAUGAUGGCGAUAGAAAACGUGCUCGAGGCGAAGAUUCUGCUCCAAAUAUGUGA